AGCACCGGGUUCUGUAUACCCGUUGUUAUCCAACACGAUAGCCGGUUGUAACGUGCGUUACCCUCGAUACCCUUGAUAAACAAUAAAAUCAUUGAGACAAUAUUGAGUCGCGAGUGGAUAACAAAUGUGAUUAAUUGGAAUAUUUAAUUGGUAGAUUUUUAAUGCACUGCCAUCGAUGUCAAAAAUGUGAAACGAUUGUGACCACUGCCAGUGUUAACACACACGAUGAAUAAUGGAAAUGUUCGGUGUGACUCGUCGAGAAUAUCAAGUAGUGAUUAAAUAAACAUUCUAAUGAAACUCAAGAAUGAAUUUGAUCAAUCGAUCGUUAUAAUUUAUUAAGAUGCUUUAUAACUGUGAUAGAAUUGCUCAUUAAAGUGUUAUCAUACUCAAUGUUAAGUAAAAAGGUACAAAAUAACGAUUAAUAAUUGUUGACACAUGACGGAUAAUUUCGUCGAGAUUGAUGAUAAAAAUGAGGAGAUCAGUGAAUUAGUGGAUUAACGAUGCCUAAUCUCGAUAUGGAGAUAGUUAAUCACCGUGUGGUAUCACGAGCGGAGGGUAAUCAUGAUCAGAGAAGCAAGAAAUGCAAAAAAGAGGAGGGGGAUUUGUCGGAUUGUGAGAGUGAGACGAGCGAAGUGUUGAGCGUCGGUAGUGAGCCAACACCAGGUGCAGAUGGUGUAGGUGUUGAGCCGCACGAAUACGAGACAGCUAGAUACAUGAAGAAUCCACUGUCAAGAUUGGAGUACCAGGAUGAUCGACGGAUUGGUAUAAUAUCAUCGAGAUCACCAUCGCCGUCGCCCUCCAAUGAUUCCGGUAGUUGCAAUGUUGCCCACAGUCCAGCGAGCUACUGCAGCCCCCAGCAGCCACCCUCAUCACCAACUGCAUCGUCAGUGAGAUCACCAGCAUCAUCGAGUGCCACAGCCUCAUCACCAGGACGAUCGGAUACUAUUCAGGAUGGUGUUGUUUCAUCGAGGUACCAACCACCUCAUCAGUGCUAUCCACAGCACUUAUUAGCAAGAUUUACUCGUGAAUCUGAUUUAGCUGAUUAUCCGUCCGGUACGAAGAUACCCAUGAAUCAUGAAUUACCUUACACAAGUGUCGAUAGACUGCAUAGAACGCCGAUAAGCCUUCCACUAGCAACUAGACACUCCUUGUCACCACCAUCAAGUACAACAGUCAAUGGUCUCCAAGCAACCGGCCCACCGACAGCCUUUCAUUCCAAUUGUCGUGAUAACUCCCUACUUGUUCAUUCAGCUCAUCUACAAGUAACGACCCAUCAACUUAUUCACCAGUCAUCACAACUCCAGCAUGUACCAUCAACAGCGUUAAUUCAUCAUCAUCAUCAUCAGCAGCAGCAGCAUCAGCAUCAGCUCUCUCAUUACAAUCAACCACAGUCGCAUAAAAUCAAUCAGCAGGUACAGCACAGAUUGUCCGUCAGUAAAUUAAUCCAAAAUUCGCCAAUUAGAGAAUCAUCCAGUCCGGUAUCACCCAUUCGCGAUGACUCGACCAUCAGAAAUAAUGUCUCACCGGCAAACAAUAGUCUUCAAAUAAAUAACAAUAAUAGUCAUCAUCGAAAUAAUAAUGAGGACAAUAAUAGCAACAAUAAUAAUAACAACAAUAGUAACGAUAAUGAUAAUAUACAAGGAAAUUUGAAGUUCAGUAUAGACAAUAUAUUGAAAGCUGAUUUCGGUCGGCGAAUAACAGAUCCAAUAUCGUUGAAAAAAUCACGCCCCAAGAAAGUUGUUCAGAGGCCCAUUGAUCUAACCAAGGACUUUCUCGACUCGUCCUCGGAGAGUUCAGAUCGUGGCUCGGAAUCGACAAGUGUAACAAAUCCAUCCCCAGUGACAACUUCGGCAACACCAGCGUUAAAUGGUACAUCAACAACCACUGGAUCUGAUACAUCGAAGCAGAUGCUGUGGCCCGCAUGGGUCUACUGCACCAGAUACUCGGACAGGCCAUCCUCUGGACGAAGUCCGAGAACGAGGCGGGUGAAGAGGUCGAUUGACACGAAAGCCGCUGGUUCAACACCCGAGGAGAAAAGGCCUAGAACUGCAUUCAGUGGUGACCAAUUAGCAAGACUAAAACGUGAAUUUGCUGAGAAUCGAUAUCUCACGGAACGCAGGCGACAGCAAUUGUCGAGGGAUCUGGGUCUGAACGAGGCGCAGAUUAAAAUUUGGUUUCAAAAUAAAAGGGCGAAAAUAAAAAAAGCAAGUGGCCAAAAAAAUCCACUGGCACUUCAAUUAAUGGCACAGGGACUUUACAAUCAUUCAACUGUGCCACUCACUAAAGAGGAGGAAGAGCAAGCAGCCGAGCUACAAACUAAGUGAUGAAAAUGAUUUUUUAGUUUUAUCAAAUAAUUCUGAGAAGUAUUUUCAAAUGAUUGUAUCAGCGUUGCAAAUUGUCUCGAGAGAAUUUCGCUUUUAUUUUUUUUUUCUCUGUAUUUAUUACAGAUAGAUCGAAAUUGCAGACAAGUGCAUUAAAAAUCCACGCACUUUUUCACUCUGCCGAUGAAAUUGUUUUCUCUUUUUUUUACAAAUGCAUGCAACAAAGCUCAGUGCCAUUUUAUUUAUUUAUUUCCAUUUCACAAAUUUCUUCAUUGAUUCAACUGAGAUUAUAAUGUAAAAUGAAUUGCCAAUUGCUGGUUAUUCGCUCAUUAAUUUAUUGUAAAAAAAAAUGAAGAAACCUUGUAAAAUGACAUUAAAUUUUCGAAAUGAUAUGAACAAUUGCUAUGUGCAAUAAUAUAUCAUAUGCUGGCAAAUGGGAAUCUGAAGAUAAUUAAAUUAUAAAUAAAGAAGUGAGUUACUUAUAUUGUACAUGUGUGUAUGAAAGGGAAAGAUUAAAAAUACUGUGACAUGUGAAUAUACCUGAAAAAAGUCACCCCUAGCGGUAACAUUUCCUAUAGACUGUUUAAAAUAAAGUAUCUUAGUUAUUUAUUUACGUUUAAGUAUGUGAAAAAAUGAA